AUGGCUACCGUUCGCAUAAAGCAAGGCGCCGUUGAAGGAUCUGUACAAGAUGGCAUCUAUUCAUUCUUGGGUCUUCCGUACAGCGAACCGCCCACGGGCGACCGCCGCUGGCGACCCGCUUCCUCCCCACCGGCCUGGGAGGGUAUCCGGGAUGGAACUCGCUUCGGAAAGGCGGCAAUUCAGAUUGUUGAAACUGGAGCUGAACUUGGUGCCGAGUCCAGUGAGGACUGUCUGUAUCUGAACAUCUGGAGUGGGAAUUUGGAUCAGUCCGCACAGCAACCUGUCAUGGUCUGGAUUCACGGCGGUGGUUUCCUGAAUGGAUCUUCCUCGAUGGAUGUUUAUUCUGGCCAAAAUCUAGCACGUCGCGGCGUGGUUGUUGUAUCUGUCAACUAUCGUCUCGGCGCAUUUGGGUUUCUGCGCCACCCAGAAGCUGGCGGCAAUUUUGCCGUCUCAGACUGGGUUGCCGCUUUGAAAUGGGUAUCAGAGAACGUUCAAAUGUUUGGCGGAAAUCCUCAGAAUGUCACUGUAUUUGGCCAGUCCGCUGGAGCAGUCGCAGUCCGGACUUUGCUAUGUACGCCGGCCGCUCGCGGACUGUUUCAUCGUGCAAUCAUCCAGAGUGCUGGGUUUGAGGAUUACGCUGCUACACCGUCACCAGACUCGGAGCGUGUCAACAACACGAGCGAAAAAUUCUUUAAUCUCCUGGGUAGUCGAGAUCUGGAUGUCCUCCGUCGUAUCCCUACAGAGCAGAUUCGAGUCACUUCAUUGACAUUAUGUGGGACUCGACCACCUCCUGGAUACCUUCACUCUCCGGCAAAUCUGGUAUGGUAUCCGGUGCCCGAUGACGAGGUUGUGAUGAGAGAAUUCUCCGGCUGGAAUGAACAGGUUCCAGUGUUAUUUGGAUGCACGCAGCAUGAAGCCCGGGCUUUCUGGCGUCCAACAGGUCUUCAUACAGCUCCUGGUCAAGACCCGUCAGAGAUAUAUACCGUCGACACUCUGGCCAAUAUGUUCAAAGUCCUAGCACGCGGCGGCGACCAUGAGAUGAUGAGUCAUUUCAGCAAUGGCAAGUUCAGUCCGUACGAAGCGCUCACAGAAUUGUGCACCGCGGCUAUCUGGACGGAGCCAGCAAAGGCUACUUACCACAGAUUCUCUGCAUUGAACCGUAAGACCUUCUUCUACAUAUUUUCUCGCAUUUCCCCUGCUACCCGUCGCUCGGGUAUGCUUGCCUACCAUGGCGCCGAGAUACCUUAUAUCUUCGGUAACGUGUCACGCAAUGGAGUUUUGAAGCCAUGGUUUGGCAGAAAGGCAUUAGCCGCUGAUAUCGGACCAUGCCCUAUGGACAAAUACUUCGAUGCGGUUGACGAACAAAUUGCGAACGAUGUUCAGAAUGCCUGGGUGACUUUUGCUCAAACUGGAAUACCUCAGUUUUCGGAUGGUUCUGCAUGGCCUCGUUGCGAUACGAGGGACAUGAAGCUGACAGUCAUUGGGGAUAAGAUGGAAGCAAAACAGUGGGACGUGGACAGGGUGGUCAGUAUCCUCAGUUCUUUGCGUGACCAAGCAAGGGAUUGA